CCAAGCUUUUGCCACAUACAGGAAGAACCUAACACGUUUUCCUCCCAGUAGUAUGGCCAUGAAUCAUAUCUCCCAGGAGCACCCCAAUGCAUGGCCAUGGGGGGUAGCCAUGUACGCGAACCUGCACUACCAGCAGUACCACUACGAGAAGGAGCACCUGUUUGAGAAGACCCUGACGCCCAGCGAUGUGGGCAAGCUCAACAGGCUGGUGAUCCCCAAGCAGCAUGCCGAGAGGUGCUUCCCUCUUGGUGGCGACUCCGGCGAGAAGGGCCUGCUCCUGUCCUUCGACGACGAGGCUGGCAAGCCAUGGCGGUUCCGGUACUCGUACUGGACGAGCAGCCAGAGCUACGUGCUCACCAAGGGCUGGAGCCGGUACGUCAAGGAGAAGCAGCUGGACGCCGGGGACGUUGUGCACUUCGAGAGGGUGCGCGGCCUCGGCACCGGCGACCGUCUGUUCAUCGGCUGCAGGCGCCGCGGCGACGUUGGCGCACCAACGGCAGUGGCACCACCUCCCGCUGUGCGUGUCGUGCCUGCGUCUGGACAGAACACCAGGGAGCAGCAGCAGCCAUGGAGUCCAAUGUGCUACAGCACAUCCAGCUCGUACCCUACAAGCCCAGCCAACUCCCAUGCCUACCGUCGUUCAGCGGAGCACGAUCACAGCGACAUGCAUCAUGCCGGAGAAUCCCAGUGGGACGCAGACACCAGAAGCUGUAGUGCAGCCUCGGCACCGACGAGGAGGCUCAGGCUGUUCGGCGUGAACCUCGACUGCGGGCCAGAGCCAGAGGCAGACACCGAGAUGGCAACACCAGCGAUGUACGGCUACGUGCACCAGAACCCCUACGCCACCGUGUCUCCAGUGCCCAGCAACUGGGGCAGUUCAUGAAUAGGAUGACGAGCAGAUCUGAGGCCAUGCGUUGCACGGUGGAACAAGUUACUACCACCACCACCACCA